AUGGCCGGUACAGCAGCAGAUCAUCACCACCCACGCCGCCACCGCAUGCCGGACCUGGUCCUCGACUCCAAGAUGGAAACCUCCAAAGUCGGCAGGGGCUGCAUUCAGCACACGCUCCUCAAGCCUCCCGUCGUCCGCGGUGAUCGCGCCCUCGAAGUAAAGCAGACAUGGCGUCGGACGUCGACCGUCGUCUCGGACCGAAUCUUCCUCGACAAGUGUACAAGCACCGCCGAGGUGCGAGCCGUCAAGGUGCUGAACGCCCAUCUCGUCUACGCCGACCUCGACCAUGUCCGCGAGCUGGAGGCACUGGCCAAGUUCUCCGGGCUCAAGUAUGCGCACUGCUUUGUCAACUCGGACGGCUGGUACGAGCUGGACGGGGACGUUGUCGUCUCGAUGGAGUACCUGCCCCUGGGACAUCUGGGCAGGUAUCUUGCCAAGCCUCUGCUCGAGGCUGGGGCUCGUGGCAUUGUGAAACAGCUCCUCAAGGGGUUGAGGUACAUGCACAAGGCCGGGUUUGUGCAUCGGAAUCUGAUGCCAGAGAACAUCAUGGUAAAAGCCAUCAACCCUUCCUGGGUCGUCAAGAUCGGCGGCUUCGGCUGCGUCACCAGGGAUCCGUCGGACGUGACAACGGGCUGCCCGCAAAACCGACUUUCCGAAGCGUACUCGGCGCCCGAGCUUCUCCGGCUCACCAAAGCGCGGGCAGACGUCGCAUACGCCGUCGACAUGUGGUCGCUCGGCGCCGUCACCUUCCGCCUCCUCACCGGCGCCACGCCCUUUGACGACCAAGGGGGCAGCCGCGGCAAACACAGCCUCAAAAGAGGCCGCCGCGACUUGCAGAUAUGGAAGCUGUACGAACAAGGCGUGUCAGAACCCGCCCGGGACUUUAUACUCGCCCUGAUGGAGCCCGAGGCCGGCGACAGGCUUUCUGCCGCCAAGGCAGCGGCUCACCGGUGGAUCAAGCCUGGGCCGUCGCUGAGGGCUGGAGGAGGCCACGCCGGCUGCGAGACCUGCAGCGAGACGCUGAUCGGGCACGACAACGGCAGCAGCAGCAGCAGCAGCAGCUCUACCCCCGUGCAGCAGGGGCGGAGCGGCCCGGUUGCGGCGCUGCUGGCGAUCAAGAAGCGGCUCGAGACGGACGUGCAGCCGCAGUGCGCCGCCUUCACCGGCACGAGCCAGGAGUACGCGCGGCUGAACCACGCGCUGGAGCAGCUGCAGUUGGACGUGGACGGCGUGCCAGGCCGCGGCGAGGACGAGGCGGCGCGCGCACUCGGCAAGCGCCUGGUCGACACGGCGCAGUUCGAGCUGGGCCGCCUGGACGAGGCGUUGAGGUGCGGCGGGCGGCGGUGGUGGGAUUGCAGCUCGUGCGGCAGGUCGGUGAGGUUCCGCAAAGGGGCGAGGGAUGGCACGUUCGAGGUCGACAGAGGCGAGAGGACCAACAUGGUCGUCGUGGCUGACCCGCUGUACUUUUGCAAGUGCCAAAAGGACGCCGUGUGUUUAAAGUGCGGCGUAGUCGAGGCCGAGGUUUGCAAGUGUUACAAGAAGGGUGAUUGGAGGAGCCGACAUGGAAAAAGACGGGCUUGA